CAUCAUGUUGCCUAAAUAUUUAAUUAAGUACUUAGCUUAUUAGACGCAGUAAAUGUGUUUUUAUCAAUACUGGCUAAGAUAAAAGUAAACUUUAUCAACAUAAAAAUAACUUUGCCGCUUUAUUGGUUUUAAUAAGUGACACGUGAUUAAGUGAAGGUGCAAUGUGUAGUGUAAUAUAUAAACUUCGAUAGCCCUUAUUGCAAGCCGAUAAGAGAUAAGUUUGUAGACAUCUGCAUAAAUAGCUCGUUACUAUGACAACUCCCUAGUUGCUAAAUAAAUCCUACGUGCUUCGUUUCUAUUAAAACACGCGUUGCCAUGACAUUGAUUUAUUUCAUUACUCAGUUGACGGUCGAAGUGUAAACACAGGAAUAAACAACAAUAAAAAUGUUCUGGGGUAUCAGUCCAGCCUUGGACUUGCAACAGGAGUAUCUAAGGUAUGGAGACGACAACGCAUAUGAACUAAACUUUCUCGUAAUAGGCGGCAGUGAUGCACGGCAUCUCAUUAAAACUCUAGCCGAAGCCUAUCGCCACACCAGACGUUACAUGAAUAUUUUCGUCAUCGAUGGCUGCCCUGAACUAAUAGCAAGGCAGCUCCUACUCUUGUCUUUGAGUUUAGAGAAAACUACGAGAUAUGGUUUGCUGGAAAAAACCAGACGCUUUCUUGAAGUCUACGGUAACCUCCUCCUGAGACCUCCAACAUCAAGGUAUUUAAUCGCCAAGGCGAGACAACUUGUUGGCAUGAUCACCAACCCUGAUUACAUGAAUUGUCUUCUACCUUGUGUAUCCAUAGAGCAAAUGAAAUAUCGAGAGCGCGAUUAUAUGGAAAAUCUUCUCAACUUUUGGACAACAGGUAAUACUAACCAAUUCAAUGCAUGCGAGUUGUGGGAACAUCGUAUCAGGUACAGUCUUGGCGUAAGGUACGAUAGCAGAGUCGGCGUGUACGAUUGGGACUUUCACAUGCGCUUGAGAGAAAAUGCUAGCCAGAUAUGCUUCCACGAGUAUAAACAUUUUAGAGAACACGGAGUUGCAUUUACUUGGCUGGAGACGGAGGUGUGUCGCCCGAAUGUGAGUCUAGCUGCUGGUGUGUACAAAUGUGGUGAUAGAUACCUACAUAGAGGAUACUUGGGGGAUAUGGUGACGUCGCCUUAUAUAGCAUACGGGUUAGAUUGCGAAGACAAAGAUCUGCUGAAGUCAUCUCAUGGAGUAAACUACAAACGAGCCACGGAUGUCUCAGAGCGUAAUGUAAUGAGACUGCUUUAUGAAUUGGAAAAUCGAGAACGAUUCGACGCGGAGGCAAUGAAUAUAGACUCUAAGCAGAAUUUAGGGAUGGUCGUGCUUAGUGAUUUCGAUGCGAAGAUUUCCGAAAAUGGUCCUGAAGCGCCGUUGUUGUUGCGUGAAGAUCGCGACACUUACAUCAAUGUUGAUUAUGGGAAAGUGCAUUUUCUGUCGCUGUCUGCUUUGGAGCACUUUCCUCAUAAGCCGCAGUUUCAAGGUCUGUUCCAUGGUGUAUUUGUGGGUCAGAAUAUGCUUCCUCGUGUGAAAGCUAGUGUUUGGUCGAUGGCUAGAGAUGAUGCGAUUGUGAUAAUGGAGUCUCGGAAGUAUAUGGUGGAGUUAAAGAGAGAUGACGUGAAGGCGUUUGGAGACGAGAUCCAACAAGCCGCGGCCGCGGCGCAGGCUGAGAAAACUGAAUCGUUUGAUCCACAAACUGAUGAUUUCGCUAGGUUUUUGAUUAGAAGAAGGAGUGAGAGUUUCGACUUAUCUACGUAAACUAUGUAUUAUUGUUUCAAUUAUAUUGAUGUAUUAAUGCCAUUGAAUUUUUAUUUCUAUUCAAUAAUUUCAUCUUUGUCAACGUAAUGAGUUAAUUUUUAUACCAAAACUGUUCAAUGAGUUUCUUUUAGCAUUUCUUCUCAGCAGUGGUCGUUCCGAAAUGCCAGUAGUUUGUAGCUUGUGAGAUAUUACUAUUUAACAUAAAAUUUGACGAUGAUUUAAAUUUGUGAAGGUUUAAUUUCUGAAUAAAUGAUUUGAUAA